AAGUUGUUGAGCGAUCCAUGGCGGACGGUGGCAAGAAGGCGUCUGGAUCGGCGGCCGCUGCCGGAUCGAAGGCGUCGCCCGUAAAGCAGCAGCAGCAGCAGCAACCAUCCAAGAACAGCAAUCCCGUGCCUGCCAAGGCGGCCGCGAUGGAUAAUCCGGAGGCCGGGGCCGAUAAUGUGGAGGAUCUGAUGUUCGGCAAGGUGAAAUGGUUCAGUCCAACGCGAGGGUUUGGAUUCAUCACCCCGGAUGACGGCUCGCCAGAUAUUUUCGUCCACCAGACGAGCAUCCACGCCGAGGGAUUCCGAUCGCUGCGCGAGGGCGAGAUCGUCGAGUACGUGGUGGAGCUCGGCCAGGACGGCCGGAUGCGCGCUGGGAAUGUCACUGGUCCCAAAGGCGCGUUCGUGGAGGGGGCGGCAAGGGAAGACGAUGGCUCCGGCGGCGGCAAUGGAUCGGUGAGCAACAGCGCCGGCGGCUACAAUAACAAUCGUGGCGGCAGGGGCGGCGCAAGAGGCCGCGGGCGUGGGAUGGGCAUGGUAUCGCGCGGCGGCGGCAUCGGUGGAGGAUUCGGCUAUGGCGGUGGCAGGUGCUUCAAUUGCAACGAGCCGGGGCAUCUGGCGAGGGAUUGCAGCGUCGCGAGAGCCGGGUGCUACUCUUGCGGGAAGCAGGGACAUUUCGCUCGCGAUUGCCCAAAUCAGAGCUAGAGCUCCUUCUCUUUCUCUCUCUCGCUCGCUCAAUCUCGCUCAUUCCUCUCGAAAUUUCUCCUCUCUUUUUGGUUCUGGUUCUUUUCGUCCGUUGUCUCGCUCUCUCACUCUCGUUUGGGAGAGAUCAUCGCUCUCUCUCUUGGAGCGAUCGUUGCCCUUUCUUCCUCUCACGGUUUUUGGGAGAGAUCAUCGCUUUUUGGUUCUUCACAAUCACAGCGUUCAUGUAGAUAGCAGCAGUCUUCAUUUUGGGAUUGGCAAGAGGGAAAACUAUGCGUAGGAUUGGAAGAUUUUUCUACUACUACUACACAAAAAGCUAUGUAGCAUUUCAAAAUUUCAAGAAAGUAAAGAACGAAAAAUAAAUACCCUUCUCAUGCGUUUCGCGUUUUCCCGGCA